CUUAUAUUCAAUGUAAUUACAACCUUAUCAGUUAUAAUGUUGCAAAGUAUUGAAAUUGUGGAUUCCGCGUCCGGGGAUUUUGUCAGCCAUACAAACCCCCUUAUCUAUACCAAGGGGACUAUAAAUACUCAGGUACUUGCCCCCUAUUCAGUCACCAGGUAGCUCUGUACUAUACUUAUUCAUAAUGGGAUCUACUACGUCUAAAGAAUACGAACCAAGGGUCAGCGAGGAAAUCGUUGAUGAGAAAGCUGCUUAUCGAAAGGAUACUAACAUUGAAGCUAAAAUGAGAGGAUUGGCCUUGAGUCCAGCCAAUAAUGAAUCUAGUGAACUUUCGGUCGAUUCGUUAUCUGGAUGGGAAGCCGAUUUGUUGUCGGAUCCAAAAAAUAGGUUAGCUCAGACUGCAUUAGCUAAGAAUCCAAUCACUGCCAUUAUUAAUACUACUAAGGUUGAUCAGAGCUUACAGGAUCAAUACUUCUUCAAUGUGGAAGUAGAAACCAUUGGUUCUCCUUCUUAUUAUGAUAAUCAAAAGUCAUCGGGACGCUGCUGGAUCUUUGCUGCUUCAAACGUGUUGAGAAGUCAUGUUAUCAAGAAUUAUAAUUUAAAACCAGAUGGAUUCCAAUUGUCUCAGAGUUAUCUUUACUUCUACGAUAAAUUGGAAAAAGCCAAUUAUUUUUUGGAAAACAUCAUUGAUACUGCUGAAGAACCCUUGGAUUCCAGAUUAAUUCAAUACUUAUUGAGUGCUCCGGUUAACGACGGUGGUCAAUGGGAUUUGAUUAUUAAUUUGGUUAACAAAUACGGGGUUGUUCCCCAAGAAGUUUUCCCCGAUAACGCCCAAGCUGUGUCGUCAUCUGGGUUCAACCAUGUCUUAACUGAAAAAUUAAGAGAGUAUGCCUUGAUUUUAAGAAAAUUGAUUAAUGAAGGUGCUAGUAAUAAAGAAAUAUAUGAUGCUAAGAAUACCUUCAAUAAGGAGAUUUAUAAUAUCACUGCCUUGUCCUUGGGCACUCCUCCAAAGCCAACCGAUUCGUUUACUUGGGAGUUCAUCGAUAAAAAUGGCAAAUACAAUUACUUUGAAACCAACGCUAAAGAUUUCUACGCCAACCAUGUUAAAUUCGAUGCUUCAAAACAGUUUUCCUUGGUAAAUGACCCAAGAAAUGAUUUUAAUAAGUUAUACACCGUUGAAAGAUUGAACAAUGUUUACGAAGGUAAGCCAAUUGAGUAUAUCAAUACCUCUUCGAAUACUUUGAAAAAAAUCGCCAUUAAACAAUUGAAAGACAACGAGCCUAUCUUCUUUGGUUCCGAUGUUGGCAAAUUCUCCGACCGUGAUUCAGGGAUCUUGGAUACAAAUGCUUACUCCUAUAAAUUAGGUUUUGGCACCGAUUUUAAACUAACGAAACUGGAGAGACUCCAAACUGGUUCUUCUGCCAUGACUCACGCCAUGGUCAUAACCGGUGUUCAUUUGGAUCCUAAGACCCAAAAACCCGUCAGAUGGAAAAUUGAAAACUCCUGGGGUGAUGCCGUUGGUGAUAAAGGCUACUUCCUUAUGACUGAUGAUUGGUUUGAUGAAUACGUUUUUCAAAUCGUUACAAACAAAAAGUACACCGACAAAGACCUUUAUGACGUAUACAAAAAGAAAGAUUUUGUUACUUUACCUUUCUACGAUCCUUUGGGUGCCUUAGCUUAAAUAUGUAACAGAGAAUAAUAUGCC